AUGAGUGACUGUAACCAGAACCCCCGCCGCUGUCCCCACACUUUUGCCGGACGUGCAGGGGGAUGGACGCUGGAUGUCUAUGCACAAUCACUUUGUGUCAAGCAGCAAAGACAAGGAGCCUGAGGUCGUGUUCAUAGGAGAUUCUAAUGUCCAGCUGAUGCAUCAGUUCGAGAUUUGGAGGGAGCUCUUCUCCCCUCUGCACGCCCUGAACUUUGGAGGGUUGGGCGAGGGCACCCAGCAUGUGUUAUGGAGAAUGGAGAACGGGGAACUGGAACACAUCAAACCAAAGAUUAUUGUGCUUUGGGUGGGCACAUUCAACCAGGGAAACACUGCGGAGCAGAUUUCAGGGGGCAUUCAAGCCAUUGUCCGAUGCAUGCAGCAGAGGCAGCCUCAAGCUAAGGUCAUGGUGCUGGGUUUGCUGCUGCCACGAGGGAAAAACCGGAACCCCUUACGGGACAGGAAUAAGCAGGUGAAUGAGCUCCUAGCAGAAGCCAUGCCCUCAAUGCCCAACGCCAUGCUGUUGGAUGUGGAUCCUGGGUUUGUGCAUUCUGAUGGCACCAUCAGUCACAAUGACAUGUAUGAUUACCUUCACCUCAGCCGCCAGGGAUAUGCUCGCAUCUGUCAGCCUCUGUACAAAAAACUGCUGCAGCUGUUGGAGGGUAGAGGGGUGCCAGCUCAACACUAG